AUGGUUCAAUCCAUCGUUUCCACAUUUUUCGGCGUUUGCUUUCCACAUACCGUAGUAUGUGACGAAGAUAACAAUGAGGCAUUUAUACACCUGUAUGAGGCUUCUUCCGCUAAAUUCAGUGUCAAAGUUAUUACGACAAUAGUUUUAUUAGAGAAAUGCGUUCGAGACUACUUUCAAAUUGAUCUCCAUGCCUUUUUGGGAAAGAAAGAGCCCUUGAUGAUGGUCGUAAAUGGUGAAAUGGAACAACAAGCACUUGGCAAUUCAUUUUUGGGUACUAUUUUCGAAGAAAAGUUUCAUCUGAAAUGUCUUUCUGCAUUUAUUUUGCCAUGUAUUCCAUUAAUUCCUGAACACAUGAAAAGAAUGGUACAUCCCGACAUAUCUCCAAACCAAUUUGAAGAAGGUGUUAAGAAUGGUUACUAUAUGGUCAACCUUUCCGUAAAUCAAACCUUUGGUCCUCCCGAUUUUCAUGCAACUGAAGGUACGCUACCAAAGAUCAUCAUGUGUAACUCUAAAUUGCGGGUUUUGAUACCAUCUUGUAUUACCUCUUACUAUAUCUAG